GUAGAGACCCGUCCUUCUAGAUGAAGCAGACCAUUGCUUAGCUUGCAGUUGCACCCCCUCCCAAAGAAAAAGAAAAACCAUUUUUUGGUACCAAGUUUUGUUUCUUAACGACGCUGACUUCUAUCUAGCUAGUUUUUGUUGUCCCAAUUGUUCGCCUAUUGUCACUUUUUGUGAAGCAAGCAUAGUGGGUAAACCCUGAUUUAUCGUGCCUACCCAUGUGGAUGAUCAACUGUGAUCGCCAGUCGGAAAAUUCAAGACAUUUUUGUGCUUCUAGGCAACUCCCUUCAACCUCAUUUGCCAACUGUGUUUAUUUUGACUUCUCUUACUUAUCAGAGCUCUUGUGUAGCAAGUAUGACCGAGUACAAACUUGUCGUCGUUGGUGCUGGAGGUGUAGGCAAAAGUGCAUUGACAAUUCAGCUUAUACAGAAUCAUUUUGUUGAUGAGUAUGACCCAACAAUAGAAGAUUCAUAUAGGAAGCAAGUUGUAAUUGAUGGAGAAACAUGCUUAUUGGAUAUCCUUGAUACAGCUGGCCAAGAAGAAUAUAGUGCCAUGAGAGAUCAGUAUAUGAGAACAGGAGAAGGCUUCCUACUUGUAUUUGCUGUUAAUAAUGCUAAAUCGUUUGAAGACAUAAGUGCAUACAGGGAGCAGAUCAAGAGAGUCAAAGAUGCAGAAGAAGUUCCCAUGGUUUUGGUUGGCAAUAAGUGUGAUUUGCCAACUCGUGCUGUUGACAUGGCAUUGGCCCGGGAAGCAGCAAAAAAUUAUGGAAUACCCUUUGUAGAAACAUCUGCCAAGACACGAAUGGGUGUUGAUGAUGCCUUUUAUACUUUAGUAAGAGAGAUACGCAAAGAUAAGGAGCGUCGAGGACGGGACAAGCAGAAAAAGCCUGGCGGUAAACUCCGCCCUCUUAAAUGUCAUAUUCUGUAACGUUGACUAGAAAGGUAGAGGUACCAUUGUUUAAAAAAUUGUACACACACAACUUCUAGGUGUGUUUUCUGAUUGUCAAGCUAUUAACGCCAUAGAAUAUGGCAGAAUGCAGUUGGAUUUGUGCUGGAACGUAUUCUGCCAUUGAGUUUCCUGCUUGUAGCUAAGCAGAGGGUACUAAACAGGCGGUCAA